UGCAACUGCGUGCGUUGCUUUGUGGUGUUUGUAUGUAUUUCUAACGCCGUUGUGAGUUGUCUGACAUUUCCUUAAAAUUGGAUUUUAUAACUAAAACUCAGCAAACAGUCGCAAUUAGGCUGGCAGGAUGCUAAAGUUUAUACGCGGCAAGGGGCAGCAGCCCUCUGCUGAAAGACAGAAGCUUCAAAAUGAACUGUUCGCUUUCCGCAAGACACUACAACACGGCUUUCCACACAGAGCGUCAGCGCUCGCCUGGGACCCUCUCCUCAGGCUAUCCGCCAUCGGUACAGCGACGGGCGCGAUCAAAGUGUACGGCCGGCCAGGUGUCGAGCUGUACGGUCAGCACACAAACCCAGAUGCGGCGGUCACGCAGAUACAUUUUAUACCCGGAACUGGCCGAUUAAUAUCACUAUGUGACGACAAUAGUCUCCAUUUAUGGGAGAUCACGGAAAAAUCACUGGUAGAACUCAAGAACCACGCAUUCGAAGGCAAGAACAAAAAGAUUUCAGCACUAUGUAUGGAAUCUUCUGGAAAGAACCUUCUGCUCGGUACAGAGGGGGGAAACAUUUACACAUUGGACGCCAACACAUUCACAAUGAGCGAGGAUGUCAUAUAUCAGGAUGUUGUUAUGCAAAACUGUCCAGAAGACUUCAAAGUGAACCCCGGUGCGGUGGAAUCGAUAUGCGAACACCCAAAAGUGCCCACUAGGAUCCUGAUAGGAUAUAACCGUGGGCUCGUAGUCCUAUGGGACAGACAGACGGCCACGCCCACGCACACGUUCGUGUCCAAUCAGCAACUGGAGAGCCUUUGUUGGAACGAUGAAGGCGAACACUUCACCUCCUCCCACAACGACGGUUCCUUCGUUACGUGGGAAGUGGCCGGCGCAUCGUCAGACAGACCUCUAAAGGAGCCCGUCACUCCCUACGGGCCGUACCCUUGUAAAGCGAUCACUAAGAUAUUGAACAGGACUAGUGUGGAUGGCGAGGAGGUUACUAUAUAUGCAGGUGGCAUGCCGCGAGCGUCGUAUUCCGACAAAUACACCGUCACAGUACAACAGGGUGAAAAGCAUGUUGCCUUCGAUUUCACAAGUCGAGUGAUAGAUUUCUUCACAACAACACCGGUGCCGCCCGACGGCGCGCCGCUGCAAGAGGAGCGACCGCCCACGCCCGCCGCGCUGCAGUUACAGAGCGUCAAUCAAGUUGCCGCUGCACUGGUGGUACUAGUAGAAGAAGAGUUAGUAGUGAUAGACCUAUGCGACGCAAAAUGGCGUCCGCUCAAACUACCCUACUUGGUGUCCAUACACGCGAGCGCGAUCACCACUGCGUAUCUAGUGGAUAAUGUGGCUGAUACAGUUUAUGAUAAUAUUGUUGCUGCUGGUGAAAAGCAAAUAGAGGAUGUCUAUUCAGACAGUCCGUGGCCUAUAUCUGGCGGUGAGAUAGAAUCAACAGACGCAGCCGAGCGGCAGAUACUACUCACGGGGCACGAGGAUGGAUCCAUACGGUUCUGGGAUGUGAGCGGCGUGGUGAUGACACCGCUGUAUAAGUACACCACUUCGCAUCUUUUUAGUGGCGAAGAAAUUGGUGAGAACAACGAUAGUCAGAAUGAAGAAGAAGAAUGGCCGCCCUUUAGAAGAGUUGGUACAUUCGAUCCGUACAGUGACGACCCGCGACUAGCUGUUAAGCGAGUUAUUCUUUGUCCGCUAUCCGGCAUGCUGACUAUCGGAGGCGCGGCUGGACACAUCGUUAUUGCUAGCUUGAAAAACUCCCCCACCACUGCUGAAGUUAAGUCAAUAUCAGUGAACAUAGUGUCAGAUCGCGACGGCUUCGUGUGGAAGGGGCAUGACCAGUUGACUCUUCGCUCUGGAGCACUUUCUUUCCCACAAGGUUAUCAGGCGAGUGCAGUGGCGCAGGUGUCCCCGCCGGCCGCGAUCACGGCGCUGGCCGCGCACUGGGAGUGGGGCGUGGUGUGCGCGGGCACGGCGCACGGGCUGGCGCUGCUCGACGCGCUCGCGCACACCGCGCUGCUGCACAAGUGCACGCUCAACCCGCACGAUCACUCUGGAGCCGGUGACACGCCGAUUUCGAGGAGGAAAUCGUUCAAGAAGUCACUGAGGGAAUCCUUCAGGCGGCUCAGGAAAGGUCGCUCGCAACGAAGACAGACCACCGCCGCCAGUCCCACAUCACCCACACAGCCCGCCAAGAAAGUAGCCGAAAAGAUAGCGGAAAACGACGCCGAAGUAGUGAAGCCGAUAGAGCGUGCAGUGGAGGCGCGCUCCAACGACGACGCGUUCGGCUCUAUGGUGCGCUGUCUGUACUUCGCUAGGACCUUCCUUAUUAGCACACAACAUUCCGUCCCGACGCUAUGGGCGGGUACGAAUAACGGUACAGUGUACGCAUUCACAAUCAACGUUCCCAGCGCUAACAAACGGAAAGACGAACCCCUCACCUGCCAACUAGCGAAAGAAAUACAGUUGAAGCAUAGGGCACCCGUAAUAAGUAUCACAGUACUCGACGGAGCGUCUGUACCAUUGCCGGAUCCUUUAGAGGUGGAACGAGGCGUAGCCCCGCUACCGGAGAGCGGCACCCACCGCGUGCUGAUCGUAUCAGAGGAGCAGUUCAAGGUGUUCACUCUGCCCUCGCUGAAGCCACACAAUAAGUACAAAUUAACAGCCCAUGAGGGUGCUAGGGUGCGUCGCACGGCGUUCGCGUGGUUCGAGUGCGGGUCGGGGUCGCGGCACCGCGAGUGGUGCCUGCUGUGCCUCACCAACCUCGGCGACUGCCUGCUGCUCGCCGCCGACCUGCGCCGACAGCUCAACGCGGCCGCCGUGCGCAAGGAGGACAUCAAUGGCAUAUCAAGCUUAUGCUUCUCGAAACGAGGCGAGGCUCUCUACUUACAUUCAUCAUCAGAAUUACAAAGAAUAACGUUAUCAGCAACAAAGGUAACGAGAGCGCAGUGUCAUGUUCUGUUAUCCCCGUGGGCAGUCGCACUAAAAAGCGCUGCAGAAGAAGCGCCGCUAACAAAUGGAGAACAUAAGGAAGAAAGCGCAGACACAGUGCACGACGUGACCGCCGCGUCAGCGGACAUCACGGUCGACUCGGUGCGGGAUCACACGCAACAGCCCACCUCGGAAGUGCCCAACGAACUUAAUAUUAAUUUGCAGAACUCGCAAGUGAACACCAGCUCGAUGGUGGUGAAGACGACGACACGCACGACGGUGAACGAGAACAACGCGGACGGAGCAGCGACGACAACCACGACGACGACCGCCAGCAACUCGACCAGCGAGAACAUCCUAGAGCACAGUCGUGAGGAAGGAGUCAUCACCCGCAUUGAGACGGGCACCGUGACGGUCCCGGCCGGCACCGACCCGAAGCUGAUCCUCGAAAUGUUUGACCGGCAACGCUCGCCGCUCGCCGUGCCCGUGCCAUCCGCAGACUCCUAAUAUACAUACACCACGCCAUCCCGCCGCUAGAUGUCGCCUUCAACGUCAAAGCCGACCAACUAGAUUUGCUUGUCAAAUACCGAAUGUGUCAGAAUACUGUAUACGGAUAUGCGGACUUGAAUAAAUGGAUACAAUGUUUCGUUCUUCUGUCCAACUUGCUAUGGGAUAUGUAAUGUUUAAUGUAAAGAGGGUGGCACACGACUUUUUAUACUGCCAGGAAAUGUAGAACACUUUGAGCUUACUGUACGUGAGAAAUGUAUAAACCUUGUUCUUUCAAUACGAUGUCAGUACAAUUACAUAGAACAAAAGUAAAUAAUAAAAUCAUUUAAGAACUUUCUUGUAUGCUAGAGUAAUUUUUUUAUAAAAGUGCUGUCAUAGUACAAGAACGUUGUAUUAAAUAUGACAAAAACUAUAUAGAGUAAUACAUAUGAUGUUAUUAUAUUAUUAUACUUACAUUUUAAACAUUUUUACACGUUAGCCGCGUUUUUUUCCAAUUUGUACUAAUUUAAUGUAUCGAAUAGGAAUAAUUUAUUGUAUUUUGUAAAUUUUAUCUUUAUUGUAAGCGUAAUUUGUAAGUAAUUAUUGCAUUUUAUAUAAACGAUAGAUUUAUCUUUUGCCCUGUCAAUUACUUAGCAUUAUAAAAUCUAUUUGGCUAGCAUUUUUAAGUUAUAUAAAACUAUUUUUUGCUUGAGUACUUAAGGUGUACGAAAUUUUAUUUUUUUUAAUAUUGUUUUUACCAUUAAGUAAUUAAUAUUAGUACAAAACGAAAUGGCCAUAGCACUUGUACGUUGGGUGUAUAAUUUUGAUACGAAUAAUUAAAUUAAGCGGAUAGUUGUCAAGCAACCUGACUUUAGAUUUUUAUUUUUUCCCUGUAAGUUAUAAAUAUAAACUUUGACAAACUAUGACACGUUUUUACAAGUAAAGCAAUAAUCGUUUUUCAUUGCUGAGGUGUGAUGCCGUUUAUCCACACUUUUAUUAUAAUCUAAUUUUAAAUAGUAUUAGCAAAAUGGCAGCUGUUACAUUUAAGCGCGCCACUUUUCAAAAUGACAGUUGUAUAUAAUUUUAACAGUAUUUAAUUAUGGCAACAUUUAAUAUUUGCAUUUUAACAUCACAAUGUUGUGAUAGAUGGGAUUGAAUUUUGUUUUUAGGUUUUAUAUUUUAUUUUAGAUGUAAGUUGUAUGUGCCUGCCUAUUUCUAUGACGCCUUUAUAAUACAAGGGCGUCUUACGUCCAGAUUGCUUCGGUUUUUAUUAUUGUACAAUUAUCUUUGUGCUAUUAUAUAUUAUUUUUAAAUUUGAUACGAACCUUGCUAUUUGUAUCCAACACAAGAAUAAACGCUGAGAAAAAGAA